UCGAAUUUGCCCAGAGUCCACGGCCACAACUCAAAGAUACCACGACUGGUGAAGGCAAACAAUGAAAAGCAACAACCAUUAUCCGAUGAGCCUGAGGCCGACGAGUUUGCCGGAGACGUGGAGGAGCCCGACAGCGCCGCGGACUCCGGCACCGACGUCGGACUCCUGGACGACAAUGACGGCCCGCAUGAUGGUGGUGGCGAGAUCCAGAGUGGAUUUGGUGACGACGAUCGCAUCUCACCAGUGCCCGAGGUGCCGCCAAAAUUGGUAACAUACCAGUUAAACAAGAUCUCCGCUCUGGGCAUUGCGGACUUAGGGCUGUUAUCCGCCAACGUGAAUCAGCUACACAACCUUCUAGAUUCUUCGAACACCCAGCCGUAUUAUUACUUCAACUUGACCCUAAUCGCCGCUAGCAUUAUUCUGCAAAUCGCUGUGGGCCUCGGCAUCGUCAUGAACAACUUCUACAAAGUCCUUAAAAAGGACACAUACAAAGCGGGCAUUAUCAACGACAUGACCGUGGUGGGUGUGUUUCUGGUCACCGUCUUGAAUUUGUUUAUCACGUCGUUUGGCAUGGCGACUUCGCUCUAGUCGCCGACACGUGAC